CAGGAAUACAACAAAAUACAGCUGAGCCGCCGCUCGCUGCUCAACUUGAAGCCUUCUUGUGUUUUAUCAAUUGAUGCGCACACCAACUCCUGGCAGGCUUUUUUACCUCCGCUGACAGCACUGUGAAAAAGAUGCACCUCGACAUGACUCUACUUCAGAUUCUUGCUGUGCUCCUCCUGCCAGGAGCGUGGGGUCAAAGUGGCGGCAGCAGUAGCACUCUAGGCGUAGUGGUGGAGGCCAAGAACGUCACCCUUCCUGCAGGGUCUAAGGCCACUCUGCCCUGCCACAGCCCCCGUAUGGUGUGGACCCAGGACAGACUGAAGGACCGUCAGAGGGUGGUGCAUUGGGACUUGGUGCGCAGCAGCCCAGAAUAUUCAGUGGAGCGAGUCCUGGACAUGUCCCCCGGAGCCCGCCAGAGGGUCUACAACGGCUUCAACAAGGGUCGCAUCUCUGUCCCAGACUCUGCUUUCAAUGAUGGCAACUUCUCCCUCAUCAUCAACAAUGUGGUCUCAACCGACAAAGGAGUUUACACCUGUAAUCUGCACCAUCACUACUGCCAGAUUCACCAGUCCAUUCAAAUCCAGCUCAAUGUCACUAAGUCAGUUCGCAAAGAGAAACGUUAUUGGGAUGGAGAGAAGACCGUGUUCGUGGUCUUGUUGGGCAAGUCAGUGGUACUGCCUUGUGUGAACAGACGCCCCCUGUGGAGAGAGGGCCUCCAGGAGGACCAGCAGCAGGUGGCCCACUGGGACUUCCAGCCCCCUGGUGUGCGUCCUGAUAAGGCUGACCGCUUGGUGGACCUCUACGCCUCCGGAGAGCGCCGGGAUUAUGGUCCACGCUUUGGCCAGAACAAGAUGAACGUGGCGGAAGAUGCUUUCACUUUAGGGGAUUUCUCACUGUCCAUUUCUGACUUGAAGCCUGUCGACAAAGGCCUGUACUCCUGCCACCUGCAUCACCACUACUGCGGUCUGCACGAGAGACGCAUCUUCAGGCUCACUGUGGGACCUCCACUUCCGCCCGCCCCCACGACAGCACCCAGAGUUUUCCAGAAUGAUGCGCCAGAACCAAGGACUGAUGAAGUGGAGGGGCCACGUGUGGUGAAUGUCAUUCUCCCUGAGCAUCGAGGUUACUUCAUGCAACAUCUGGGCUACUUCCUGGCGACUUUAUUACUGCUGGCAUUCAUCGUUGUCGCUGUCAUUGUGCUGACUCGACGGCGCAAAAAGAGAGGGCUGGAGUAUGACCUGCGUCGAUCUGAUCGGGGGAAUGUGAUGAGUGGAGGUGAAAUGUCAUUAGACUGCACAGAGAUGAGGGCCUGCAACCAGGAACCUCUGAACUCAGACUACAAAAACAACCUACUGAAAGAGAGAGAUAUGGCCAAAGACUGCAAUAGGGACUUUGAUGGGAAGCUGUGGAAGUGAGUGCGAUAUUUCUGAGAUGCUGCUGGCAGGUCCAGGGCAAACACCGGAAGAGUGAAAGGACCGCGGAGAGAAGAGAAGCCCAGGAGAGGACAGGAGGAAUGCUCCCUCUGCUGUAACUCUAACACACUAAGCUUUUUCACUGAAAGCCACAAACAUUUUUUUACGUUAGUUGUUUUUAUACCCUGCCUCUUCACCAGCUGUUAUAACAAUAUGGUUAAACAUAUAUUUGAUCCUUA